CUUUGCUUUUUGAGGAUGCAUAACAACAUUUCCAUAAGCCCUAUAUCAGCUCGGGGGGUUGCAUUAUGAUUGGUGGUAAUAAGAUUACCUGCGACAGUUGUCGUGGAAGCCCAAUCUGACGGCCACGCCUAGUUCAGAUCUUGCUAAACGAAAGAGAAACGGUACGAAUACUGGAAAACAGUUUUGAAAAUUAUGUGACCUCAACUGAUUCCCGGACUCUCAAUGAGAUGCAAAACGAUCUCUCCAAUCCGGGCGCCCAGCAACGGGUUCGUAUUCUGAUCUCUGCCAGGAGCGAAAACACUCGCGUCAAUAGUUGGACUGCGAAUGCCGAUAAACGUAUGAAACGUUUGGCUGGCAUGUUCUUAAUUUCUUUUCUUUUUGUCAAUGGCUACCCUGGAGCUCGCCAUCUCGAUGCUAGACUUCUAGACAUUGUUACGAGCCAUCAGGUUACAGGCUGCACAGCAACGUGCCAGCGCCGAUACGUGACUCCUCCGGGUUACCUUAAGCCGAGAACUAUCAAAGCCAACCAACCAAGUAGCGAAGUAUAAGAGAUGAGUAAACCUACAUAGAUCAUCUGAGGUUGACUAAACUCCGAAGCUCCGUUACAAUAUGGUGUCAGAGCGUUGCAGACUCAUCAUCAUCUAGGCAUGCAAGCCGUGGAAUUCCGCGCUUCCA